AAAUCUUCUCAUAUUAACUCCUUUGUCUCUUCUCUCGUUCCUGUCUGCAAAUUGAACUCAAUAUUCCUUGUAAAUUCUAAUCAAACAAGACUUAGUUCAACCUAACCUCUCACUUUAUUUUGAAUUCUAUUUUCCCUUUCUCAUUUCCUGUUCUAGUAAUUGAUCAAAUAAGCAAUAUCCAGGGAUAGAUUGAGUCUUUCAAACAAUUCAUAAAGAAAAAUUUGAAUUGGUGAUUUGGGUUGUUUUAGGGUUUUCUGGGCUAUGAGGAUAAACGGAGAAAUUACUCCCCAGGAAGAAGAGGAGAAAGGGGAGGCGAAAACGGUGCGGUUGUCGAUACAACAACCGCGGAAACUGGUGGUGGUUGGAUACGCCUUAACUUCAAAGAAGAAGAAGAGUUUCUUGCAGCCUAAGCUUGAAGUUUUGGCCAGAAAUAAGGGGAUACUGUUUGUUGCCAUUGAUCUAAAUAGGCCAUUGUCAGAUCAAGGUCCUUUCGAUGUUAUCUUACAUAAGUUGUCAGGAAAAGACUGGUGCGAAGUUAUUGAGGAUUACCAGCAAAAACAUCUAGAAGCAAUUGUUCUUGAUCCUCCAGAUGCAAUACAACAUCUACAUAACCGUCAGUCCAUGCUUCAGGAUGUAGCUGAUCUCGACUUGUCUGACUGCCAAGGCAAGGUUUGUGUUCCGAGGCAAAUGGUAGUUAACAAAGAUCCAUCAUCCAUUCCCCGUGAAGUUACCAAAGCUGGGUUAAAGUUGCCGCUAGUUGCAAAACCGCUGGUAGUGGAUGGAACUGCAAAAUCACAUGAAUUGUUUCUCGCGUAUGAUGAAUUCUCUCUGUCUGAACUUGAACCUCCCUUGGUUCUACAAGAGUUUGUUAAUCAUGGUGGUGUUCUCUUUAAGAUUUAUGUUGUUGGUGAAGCCAUAAAGGUUGUUCGGCGUUUCUCUCUACCUAAUAUCAGUAAGUGUGAGCUAGCAAAAGUUGCGGGCGUGUUCCGUUUUCCGAGAGUCUCUUCUGCUGCAUCUUCUGCAGAUGAUGUGGAUUUGGACCCUUCUGUUGGAGAGCUUCCUCCACGUCCUUUGUUGGAGAGGCUUGCAAGGGAGCUUCGUCAUCGACUGGGCCUCCGAUUGUUCAAUAUAGAUAUGAUUCGUGAGCAUGGGACUCAAGAUGUCUUUUAUGUGAUUGAUAUCAACUACUUUCCUGGUUAUGGGAAAAUGCCAGAUUAUGAGCACACUUUCACUGAUUUCCUGCUGGGGCUAGUGCAGAGCAAGUAUAAAAAGAGACCUGCUAAGUGACUUAUAAUAUGCAUACCCUUGUAUGUGAAUGUUCCUUGCAGGUGGUCUCUUAGGAAACUGAGGAACUGUCAAUUUAACUUCCUGUAAUUACUGAAUGGUAUGAAAUGUCCUUUGCUCAAGCCACUACCACAUAAGCCAGGUUCUUGCUGCUAUUUCAGCUGUUUAUACAUCUGAUAUUUUGUACUGUUUUUAGGCGAAAUGAGCAAAUGCCAGGUCUCCAUGUACCCACAAGACAUAUCACAACUUCACCAACUUGUAUGAGUCAACUCGAUCGUGAUCUCUUAUGGAACUUGAGAUCUAACACAUUCAAUAAUUGAUGAACGAGCAUAGUUAACUCAUUUAUCUUUUCUUUCAAGUCCUUUAUUCCUUUAACCAUUUUCUUUAAAUGAAAUAUGAUUUAUCUUGAUUUUUCCUUUUGAAGAUACAGUUUAUUACGUA